AUGAACCAGCACUACACCAUCCACUUCACCAAGGGUGCCCUGCCCCACCGGACCCCCACCAAGCGCUACUACUUGGACAGGGAAUUGGGGCACCAAAAAGCCCCCACCCCAGCCGUGGGAGAGCGCAGGGCAUGGCCCCGCCUCGGCCCACAGCCCCUCCCCGUCUUCUCUCUGACUUCUCCUGGGCCUCAGCUGAGUGACGAGCCCCAGCCUCCUCCUGAAGACCUGACCUGGUUCCUGCCACCCGCACUUCCCAGCCCCCUGUGGCAGCGGCUCUGCCCCGCUCACGACGCCCAGAAGGGGCUGCCCGCAACCACUACCGCCCCCAUGCAACUGGCCAGCGCCCCCCAGCCGGCCCCCACACGCACCCCCUCACCUGCCGCGGCACGCGCCAGAGCCAGCAGCGGCCCAGCCCUGCCCUCUGCAGCCAGCACCCUCCUGGAGCCCAGGAGGCCCACGGACACCUGGCACCUGCCUGCCCCCGUGACCCGUAGCUCCUUCACCUGCUACAGGUCUGAUAUCCUGACGGAGGAUGACGUCUACUGCAGCUGCCUUGCCAAGACCCUGUGCCAUGUGCCUGUCCCUGUGACCGUGGGCUUCUAUGCGCCCUUUGGCUGCCGCCUCCACAUGAUGCUAGACAAGAUCAUGGCGCUGAUGCAGCAGGAGGCGACCCAGAGGGAGGCCGAGGAGCUGCAGCACGUGCAGCGGCAGCUGAGGCCCAUACGGGGCUGGGGCUUCUCGAAGCUGCUGUGGUACCUGGUGUUCCUGCAGCCCGUCAUCACCGAGUUGCAUCUGCAGCGCAAGAACGUCAAGUUCCUCUUCAUCCGCUUCAGCGCCUGGCAUUAUGCGGGCAGUGACAAGCUGUGGGCCGGCCUGGUGACAGCGCUGUGCGACGGCAUCCGCCAACAAUACGGCGCACUGCCCUUCAGCUUGUACUCGGUGCUGGGCAAGAAGGUGGCCACGAGGCCGGGCUGCCGCCAGCGCGAGUGGCACUGCCGGCGCCAAGUGUGCCUGGCACUGCUGGCGCUGCUGGCGGCGCUCAGCCUGGGCAUGAGCCUGCUCUACCUGUCGAUGGGCUCCCACAUACUGGGCCACAGCAACCUGUUCCGGGCAUUCGGCGGCGCGGCCACCACGCUUUCGGGCUCCGGGCUGCUCAUGGCCAUGUACUCGGUGGGCAAGCACCUGUUCGUGAGCCAGCGCAAGAGAAUUGAGCGGCUGGUGUCGCACGAGAAGUUCAGCAGCCAUCUGGGCUUCAUGUGCGAGGUAAAGAAGGAGGUGGGGCUGCUCACCGACUUCCUGUGCUUCCUGGAGAUCUACCAGCGGCGCCGGCUGCGCGUCGUGCUCGAGAUCACAGGGCUGGACACGUGCUACCCGGAGCGCGUGGUCGGCGUGCUCAACGCCAUCAACACGCUGCUGUCCGACUGCCACGCGCCCUUCAUCUUCAUCCUGGUGGUGGACCCCAGCAUCCUGGCCGCGUGCCUCGAGAACGCCGGCUCCAUGAAGGGCACGGCCGACAACGGUUACCUCUUCCUCAACCGCACCGUCACGCUACCCUUCUCCGUGCCCAUCAUGGGCCGCCGCACCAAACUGCAGUUCCUGCGCGAUGUGGUGCGAAGCCGCGACGACCUGCUCUGUCGCCGGAUGACGCUAAACGUGAGGUCGCGGGGCGGGGCCGGGGGCGGGCCGGGGCCGGGGGCGGGGCCGGGGGGCGGAGACGUCGCGCCGCUCCUGGAGAUGGAGGGGCCGGCCCGGGCCGAGAACGUGCAAAGCCUACUGGAAGUCCAGGCGACGCGCAGCAUCCAGGAGGCGCUCUGCUGCUUGCACGACGAGUGCGACUGCCUCAUCGAUUACGUGCCCGACAACGUGGUGUCCAUGCGGCGCAUCGUCAACACCGUGCCCAUCACCGUGCGCCUGCUGCAACAGCAGCAGGGGGCCUUUGGGGGCCUCUCGCCGCGCCAGGCCGUGGCUUGGGUCGUGCUCGCCAACCAGUGGCCGUGCCGUCUCAGCUGGGCCCUGCAGUGCCUGGAGGACCAGCAGCAGGCCGGGAGCGCGCCCAAAGCCUGCGCGCCCCUCUGGGACGUGUUCUGCGACCACAGCUUCGAGCUGCACACCAUGACCGCGACGCUGCAGAACGUGUUCGCCCUGGACGGCGACCCCGAGCUUUUCCGGCGCUUCCUGGCCGCUGACUUCCCCUUCACCGUGGCCGAGGCGCAGAGCCUCCUGCGCUGCACCGUUAACCUGGACCACUCCAUACGCCGCCGCAUGGGCCUCAUCCGGGCCGUCAGCACGCUCAAGACGCCCCGCCCGCCCAAGUCCCCUGCCCGCAAAGCCCCGCACGCCGCACGCGGAGCCAACCACGCCCCCGGGGCGGCCUGGGCCUCGCACGGGACUGCGAAGCCCACCAACCCCAGGACGGGGGCAAGUCCAGACCCAUGGCCUGAGUGCCCUUCACUUGGGGUCAGUCUAGCCCAGGUGGGCCUUGAAUGGAAGACCUUGGGCGCAGCAGAGGGCAACACUUCCUUCUGCCCAGAUGAGAGUGUAGGGGGCCUAACUGGGCCCAAGUCCCAGGGUCCAGUGUCCGGAAUGAGGCCUGUGGUGGCCACAUUCCCCAGGUGA